AACCACUUAGCUUGCCCUGUUGUUUAAUUAUUUCUAUACAGUAAUGUUGACCUGAGUUCUGGCUACAAAAUGCAAUCGACGCCUCAAUAAUCGUCGGUUCUGGGAGAUGCUCCAAGCAAACUGUCGAGGUUGCCAUCGUCAUCGAGUGCAGCAGAAACUGACCAGCGUCUAGCAACACCUGCAACCAACUCUCUCGGCCGUUUCCAACACCUUAUAUCACCCAAAUGACAAUGCGCCUCUUUACCCUUGUUUUGACUUCACUGGCUGCUCAUGCCACAGCCACAUCUGUUGCAUCGCAGGUCAGCACCGACUGCGCCGGCUCAGUAGGCUGCAUUGCCGGCACCCAAUACUGCUUCGACAAUGGCCAACUGACAAACCUCCACACGCCUUGCAUUGAUUCCAAUGGGAAGGUCUACUGGAAGCGUGAUGUUGCUCCCCGUGCCGAUUGUGCUGGGUCAAUCGGUUGUAUCGCUGGCACCCAAUACUGCUCUUACAAUGGGCAACUUACCAACCUCCAUACGCCUUGCACAAAUGACUGGAGCCAGUGGUACGAUGAUCGCAAGAGAGACACCCCAAAAACCGAGAAGCGUGCAGACUGUGCUGGUUCUGUUGGAUGUAUCGCCGGUAGCCAGUACUGUUCGUACAACGGCCAGCUGACGAAUCUCAAUACCCCAUGCACAGACAACUGGGGCUCGUGGGCGUCCGACUGGAAGCGUGCAGACUGCGCAGGUUCCAUUGGGUGCAUUGCCGGCACACAGUACUGCUCGUACAACGGACAGCUCACAAAUCUGCACACGGCUUGUGCUGAGGAGAAGUGGGACUGGAAAGCCUUAGCUCGUCGAGCAAGUUGCUCUGGGACCGUGGGCUGCGUAGCGGGAGAGCAGUACUGUUCCUACGACGACAGCAACGGUUGGCACUGGAGUGCAAUGGGAACGCCUUGCCAGGCUACUGACGUCCCCAUCUACGUGACGGACGACCAUGAAAGUUUCACCACCAGUCAUACGUCGUCCAGUUCAACAGUUACGUCCCCGACGGCCAGCGUCACCGUUAUUACGACCUCCGGGAGCGGCUCAGCCGCCGCCACCAUCACAAGCUCGACCUUGGUGACGCCGACAGCAGCUGCUGUCACCACCAGCACAACUUCAGGCACUGCGACCGGUACCAGCGUGAGUAAAGCUGGCGCUCCCACCGCGACGGCAGGUAUUGGACUGCUCGCAGCUGUCGCCAUUGCUGGUGUUGCUCUGCUAUAAGUUCUGCAACAUAGACACUCAGUAUGAAGGAACAUCAUUUCUUAGUUUUUUGGUGGUUACGAUGGUGCUUGUAUGUGGUAGAUUCCCUUUGGUAAAAUUACGGUUGCAGAGCGAAAGGAUAUCCGGACGGAGUUAUUUAGAAAUUCAUUAUUUAUUUGCGUGGGACAGUCGAAUUCAGUCAGACAUAGACUUCAUAUUAUGAUUUUCUCCGACUUUGAACGUGGGAAAAUGUUGCUCUGUGACUUUGAUUAGAUGAAAACGCCACGAUCAUGUGGGUCACACAUCCGUCUAUAGAGUUUCCCAUAUAUAGGUAAAUGCUUACUACACCCAUCUAUAGCAUCCCUGAAUCC